AUGAAAAAGCGGGAGUUAAAUCAACAGAAAUUACUAAUCUGGCUAGAUGAAGUUGAACAUAUGUGAAUGUUGUUUAGGUUUCACAUGGGAAGACAAGCUUUGGUGAUUGUGGCUGAUGCAGAGCUAUGUAGAGAAGCAGGGAUCAAGAAGUUCAAGCAGAUAACCAAUAGAACUAUACCUUCUCCAAUAAUGGCUUCCCCUAUUCAUCAAAAAGGUCUCCUUUGGAUAAGGGAUUUAACAUGGUCAAGUAUGAGAAACACUAUAGUUUCAGUGUACCAGCCAUCUCACUUGGCAACCUUAGUACCAAUGAUGCAAUCUUAUAUUGAGGCCAUUGCUCAAAAUAUUCCAGAAGGCGCCGAUGAAGACAUAAACUUAAACGAACUAACACUUAAAAUUGCUUCCGACGUGAUUGGGAAAGCAGCUUUUGGUUCCGAUUUUGGCCUAUGUCAACCCGACCAACAUCAGCACCAAGGAUACACUGACUCGUUUCUCAAGCAACACAUCUACUCCACCUCCAAGCUCAAAAUGGACUUAUCGUCUUCCAUGUCAAUGCUCAUAGGCCUCUUUCUCCCGAUACUUCAAGAGCCCUUUCGCCACAUAUUUGAAAACAUCCCGUUCACCACGGAUUGGCAACUUCAAAGGACAAACAAAAGCUUGACUAAUAUACUAGAAAAGAUUGUGGACAACAAAAUGCAAGACAGAAAAAGAGGAUCAAGUGAUUUCUUGUCAUUGAUAUUGAAUGCAAGGGAAUCGAAUACUAAUUUGAGUCGGUUAUUCACACCGGACUACAUCAGUGGCCUAACGUACGAGCACUUCCUUGCUGGAUCAACGACAACAUCAUUCACAAUAUCUACUGCUGUUUAUCUGAUUUCUGGGCAUCCAGAAGUCGAGCAAAAGUUGCUUGAAGAGAUAGAUGCAUUUGGUCCACGUGAUCAGGUUCCAACAGCAGAUGAUCUUCAAUCAAGAUUUCCAUACCUUGAUCAGGUGGUCAAAGAAACAAUGAGGUUUUACACACUUUCUCCUUUCAUGUUAAGAGAAGCAGCCACAGACGUAAAGAUUGGAGAUUAUAUUAUCCCAAAGGGGACAGGAGUGUGGAUGUCAUAUGCAGCUCUAGCAAAGGAUCCUACCAAUUUUCCGGAGCCCGAAAAGUUCAAGCCAGAGAGAUUUGACCCGAAUGGUGAUGAAGAAAAACAUAGGCAUCCUUAUGCAUACAUACCCUUCGGGAUUGGACCUCGAGUAUGCAUUGGUCAGAAAUUCGCUUUGCAAGAGAUUAAGCUAGCAUUGAUCCAUCUAUACAGGAGAUAUGUGUUUCGACGCUCCCCAAACAUGAAAACCCCUUUGGAAUUUGAAUUUGGCAUAGUUCUUCACUUCAAACAUGGUAUCAUUGUUAGAGCCAUAAAGCGAAUGUAAUGUUUCAUGUCCAAAAUGUAAGUACUCUUGUUUAAAGUCAACAUCACGAUCGAAACAUUUGAAAGCCAUCUUGUAAUGUCGUGUGGAAUAAAACAUAUACGAUGUCAUAUUUGUGACAGACAAGA